AUGCAAGGUUUCAGUGAUAGGAUUAACAGAAAGAGAACUCUAGCCUUGAGUUUGAAGAAAUUGAUGAGGGGAAGCUUCUAUGUCUAUAUGGUGGUAAAGCAUAAGAUGGUGGUGGAAGAAGGAGUGGAAAGGCAAAGGCUGAGGCUAAUGAAAGAGAAGAGACUGAUGACAAGGGGAAGCGGGUUUAACCUGCAAAAAUGGGCAUUGCCCAUUCUUAGUUUUGACAUGUGGCGAUUCAUAAGCAUAGAUUGUGGGAUGCGCGAAGCUUUGAGCUACACUGACACGACAACAGGACUACAUUAUAGUUCAGAUGUAAACUUUGUGGAGACUGGUUUGAGCAUGCCUAUAUCAUCUGAAUAUUUUACUAACUCAGGCGGACAACAGUUUCUGAAUGUUAGAAGCUUUCCUGAAGGAACCAGAAACUGUUAUACACUAAGACCUCAAGGAGGGAGAGGUAAUAAAUAUUUGAUAAGAGCGUGGUUCUUGUAUGGAAAUUAUGAUGAUCAAAAGCAGCCACCAAUUUUCGAUCUGCACAUUGGAGUUAAUUUCUGGAAAACACUGACAAUCUACGAUUCAACCUCUACUUGGAGGAAGGAGAUCAUACAUGUUCCCACUGCAGAUUAUAUAAAUGUUUGUCUUGUAAACACAGGCCAUGGAACACCUUUCAUCUCAGCAUUGGAGUUAAGGCCUUUGAAUAAUUCUAUGUACGAAACAGAAAAUAAUGUACCACUAGAUUUCUGGUUGCGUCAAGAUUUGGGUUCAACAAGAGAUGACUAUGUCAGUGAAAAUAUCAGAUACAAAGAUGAUGGUUAUGAUCGCGUGUGGAGGCCAUAUAGCCAGAACUACACAAAGUUAAGUACCCCAACAUUGGAUUCGAUAAUUGAAUCGGACGGUCUGUACCAGCCACCAUCUAAAGUCAUGAGCUCUGCCAUCACACCAAAUGUUAGCAACGAUUCCUUAUACUAUUCAUGGGAGCCUGACAGUAGCACAGACCAAUUUUAUAUCUACUUAUACUUCGCGGAAGUUCAAGUGUUGCAAGAAAACCAAACCAGAGAAUUCAACAUUUUCUUGAAUGGGAAGCAAGUUUAUAAAAAACCUGUUUCCCCAGUUUAUUUAUCAUCAACUACGAUAUACAGCACAUCACCUCUGAUGAGUUAUCCAAAUUAUGACCUUUCAAUCAGUAAGACCAGUAAUUCAAAUCUCCCUCCCAUCAUCAAUGCCAUCGAGAUUUAUGUUGUAAAACAGUUUCUAUACUCGCAAACAGAUGACAAAGAUGUUGCUGCUAUGAUGAGCAUAAAGUCAAUCUAUAAAGUGACAAGAAACUGGCAAGGAGAUCCAUGUGCCCCGCUAGAUUACGUGUGGGUUGGCCUCAACUGUAGCUACAACGGUUACGAUUCCCCUAGGAUCAUAUCCUUGAACUUGUCCUCAGGUGGAUUGACAGGGGAGAUAGCUCCUUACAUAUCCAAUCUCACAAUGAUACAAUUUUUGGAUUUGUCAAACAAUAGCUUAACUGGAGAGGUGCCUAAUUUUCUCUCUCAAUUGGCUUUCUUGAAAGUCCUAAACUUGAAGAGAAACAACUUCACGGGUUCACUUCCAGCAGAUCUGGUUGCAAGGUCGAAGAAUGGAUCACUGUCAUUGAGUAUCGAAGGAAUUGAAGGUGAAAACAUAAAUCCAUGUCAGUCUAUUCCAUGCAAAAAGAAAAAAAAGAGCAUGGUUGUUCCAGUGGUCGCAUCUGCUGCUGCACUGUGUUUGCUACUAAUAACUGCAAUAAUGGCUACUUUGUGGAUCAUUAAAAGAAGAAAACGAGUAGUCAAGAAGGUGGAUGCAGAAAUAAACCUAGAAGAUAGGUCCUUUGAGGUGACGAAUAGACCAUUAACAUACUCGGAGGUUUUGAGUAUUACCAAUAAUUUCGAGAGGGUUGUUGGUAAAGGAGGAUUUGGAACAGUUUACCAUGGCUACUUAGGUAACUCUCAGGUUGCUGUAAAGAUGCUGUCUCCGUCCUCGGUUCAAGGGCACAAAGAAUUCCAAGCUGAGGCUGACCUUCUUAGUUGUGUUCGUCAUAAGAACUUAAUUUCACUUGUUGGCUACUGCAAAGAAGGCACCAACAUCGGAAUCAUCUAUGAGUACAUGGUUAAUGGAAACUUAAGAAGGCAUCUCAUAGAUAGAAAUUCAACUUUUUUGAAUUGGGAAGAGAGGCUCCGAAUAGCCACUGAUGCAGCACAAGGGCUGGAGUAUCUGCAUCAUGGUUGUAAGCCACCAAUAAUCCACAGAGAUAUAAAGACUACCAAUAUCUUAUUGAAUGAAAAAUUCCAAGCCAAGCUUUCUGAUUUUGGUUUGUCCAGAGUUUUUCCAACUGAAGGUGGUACUCAUAUAUCAACAAGUGUUGCUGGCACUCCUGGCUACGUUGACCCCAUGUAUUGCACAUCAAAUAGGUUGAAUGAUAAAAGUGAUGUUUAUAGCUUCGGAAUUGUUCUCAUGGAGAUUAUUACAAGUCGGCCACCAAUAUUAGAAGGCCAUGGCAACAUUCACAUAAUCCAAUGGGUUAGUUCUAAGCUUGCAAAUGGGGAUAUCAAAAGUAUUGUUGAUCCCAGGUUGCAGGGAGAUUUCGAGGUUAAUUCUGUUUGGAAAGCUGUAGAAUUAGCAAUGUCUUGCGUAUCUCGCAAUUCCACCCAAAGACCAAACAUGAAUUUUGUGGUGACGGAAUUAAGGGACUGCUUGGCAAUAGAGAUAACUCGUCAUGAGACAGAAUCAGAAAAUUCAAUUGUACCUUCGCAUCUGGAGAGUGAAAUGGGACGUCCAAUUACGCGAUAACUCCUCAAAUUAAAUAUAUUUACUGUUGGGGUGUUUUGGGUAUGAUUGUGUGUUUUUCUUACUCAUGAAAUUUGUAUCUUAUCCCUGUACUUUUCUUUUUUACGAGUGGUAAAUGGAUCAUGUGGUUGUGUA